UUCGGAGAUCGUUGCUCUAGGGUUUGCAUCGGGAGCGUCUUCACUGAAUCUUGUGAAUUCUAUUGUAGUGCCAUAUUGCCGAAAUCGCAGGCCCCGGAGGAGGCUAUCGCCGUCGGUACCUAUACAGCUAAAGCCUUUUUUUCAUGGGUACUAAAACAGUUGAAGAACUGCAAGACAAUUCUGCUGGUGUUCACUUUUCAGGACUUCACGUUGAUGAUCUAGAGCGGAGAAAUUCCAAGGAGUUACCAGCAACUUCUGCCAUAGAGAAUGGCUACAGAGAACCCUUCGUAAUAGGUGUUGCUGGUGGUGCCGCAUCCGGAAAGACCACUGUCUGUGAUAUGAUCAUUGAGCAGCUCCGUGAUCAACGGGUUGUCCUUGUUAAUCAGGAAUCUUUUUAUUAUGAUUUGACAGAAGAGGAGUUGAAUUGUGUACAUGAAUAUAACUUUGAUCAUCCAGAUGCUUUUGACACUGAAAACUUGCUUUGCUGUAUGGAGAAGUUGAGGUGUGGGCUGGCUGUUAAUGUCCCAAACUAUGAUUUCAAAACUCAUAAGAGCAAGUUGCCAGCACGAAAGGUCAAUCCUUCAGAUGUAAUAAUUUUGGAAGGGAUCUUAGUAUUCCAUGAUCCACGUGUUCGAGAAAUGAUGAACAUGAAGAUCUUUGUUGAUACAGAUGCUGAUGUGCGGUUGGCUAGGAGGAUAAAACGUGAUACUGUGGAGAAGGGCAGAGAUAUUAAGGCAGUGCUGGACCAGUACUCAAAAUUUGUAAAACCUGCUUUUGAUGACUUCAUACUGCCAACUAAGAAGUAUGCUGAUAUCAUCAUUCCCCGUGGUGGAGAUAAUCAUGUGGCAAUUGAUUUAAUUGUGCAACAUAUCAGUACAAAACUUGGCCAACAUAAUCUCUGCAAAAUAUAUCCAAAUCUUUAUGUCAUUCAGUCAACUUUCCAGAUCCGUGGUAUGCAUACACUGAUACGUGAUGCCAAAACAACAAAACAUGAUUUCAUAUUUUAUUCUGACCGACUGAUUCGCCUGGUUGUUGAGCAUGGUCUGGGUCAUCUUCCAUUUAAAGAAAAGCAAGUGAAUACACCAACAGGAUCUGUUUAUACUGGGGUAGAAUUUUGUAAAAGGCUAUGUGGUAUUUCCAUUAUAAGAAGUGGUGAAAGUAUGGAGAAUGCUCUGCGGGCAUGUUGUAAAGGCAUCAAGAUUGGGAAGAUCCUUAUUCAUAGGGAAGGUGAUAACGGUCAGCAGUUAAUUUAUCACAAUCUUCCAAAGAACGUCGCAGAUAGGAAUGUGCUGCUUUUGGAUCCCAUACUAGCCACUGGGAACUCGGCUGUUCAAGCGAUUUCCUUGCUACUGCAGAAGGGGGUUCAAGAAAGCAAUAUAAUAUUUCUCAAUCUCAUUUCUGCUCCUCAAGGAGUGCACGUUGUUUGCAAAAGAUUCCCAAGAAUCAAGAUUGUGACAUCUGAGAUAGACUUUGGUUUAAAUGAAGAUUUUCACGUCAUUCCUGGAAUGGGAGAGUUUGGAGAUAGGUAUUUUGGAACAGAUGACAACUAGGAAGCUAUACUUUCAAUAAAGUUCAAGAACAGGCUCUUGAUGAACCCAACAUUGGUAAUUAUUUUUUUCGUGCAAGUGGAUGAUGCUAUACAACAAAAGGUACACCGUACAUCACCGGCAGCAAUUCUUCGGCAUUUUCCAAGCUUUUUCUACUUGUACAUGUUCAAUUACUGCAAUGCCUUUCUACAUCUUCUUGUUCGCCUUCAUAGGAUGUUAUGAGACAGUCUGUUAUUGAAACUAGGAAUACUUUUCUCGUGACCUCCUACUCUGCUGCUGUUGGGUGAUCAGUGACGGCAAAAGCGGCUUCUCCUUGAUAUCGAAAUCUUGAACUAUAUUUC